AUGCCAAUGCUGUGUUCCCUCAGAAGUCGAAAACAGCAGACAAAGGCAGCUCAUUGUCUUAACUGUAAAAAAAGUUGGACACACGAUACCAAAGGUGGGUGUCCUGCUUGCAAUCGAAAGUGCAACUCCCGCAGAAAAUGUUGCCAUUAUGCGCAGUAUUGUCGAGAUUCUCAAAAGGGUCAGUCCUAUGGGAGAGGUGGAACACAUCGAAAAGGAAACAGGAAGCAAGGGUGUCAAAACUCCAGGCCCCCUUAAACCGUUAGCUAAGUGA